AUGGAUAUCGACACCGAUGAUGAGGUCUUGCAAGCCCUCGCCAAUGGCGAUUCGAUGGAUUGUGACCAAUGGCCAGCUUUACUCUCGCGAUUGAUACCCAGGCUGGAGAAUAUUGUACAUAAUGAUUUCCCUAUCCCCUCAACUCCUCGCCCCCGCCCCGCCUCGUCCCAACCAUUACCCUCCUCGCCGCCCCAGUCUCAAGCUGCGGAAGGCUCCAGCCAGAACAGCAUUACAUCUACCCAGUCCACAGACAAGGAGAACGCGCCUCCACCAGACGAUAGCCCUCCUGGCAGGCUUCCCCCGCAAGCCGAAUCCCUCCUCGCUUCCAUAAUCAGCACUCUCAACACCCUCUUCUCCAAACACCCACCGCACACGAUCCAGCGACUCGCCGAACUUAUCCUCUCCCCCAAACAGCACUAUCGAACCCUCCCGGCCUACCUCCAUGCUGUGGAUCGUGUCGUGCACGUCACGUCCGGAGCGCACAUUUUUCCUUUGCCCCCCGCGAUCCCAGACCCCUCGAGCGCGGUCGUGCUUUCAAAUGGAACCGGCAUCGAUCCAUUAUCUGUAUCCUGGGGCAACCGAACAUCUUCCGCUCCUCAACAAGGCGGUCUUGUGUUCGAUGAUAGUUUAGGGGGUGCGCUACUCACGCCUAUACCAUGGCUAAAUAAGAGUAACGGAGAUACGCACUCGCCUCUAGAAGGGGAAGUGAAGACGGAGAGCACGGAAAUGGUCGAGGGACCCAACGGACCCGGUGGCGUCGAGACAGUGUCCGUUUCCGUGAAUGGCGUCUCGUCUACUCGGGGGGGUCCAUCUUCUACAUCCCCUCCGGGCGAGGGCAGCGGCACUGCAGGCCUACGGGCAGAAGGGGGAGUCACACAGGGAGAAUUACUAAGACAGGAGCAACAGGCGGGAGUCGUGCCCAUUUCACAACUCGAGGGAAGCAGAGGAGAUGCAGACGGCCUGGGAGAGGAAGACGAAGCCCCUCAUGCUAGAGGUCCCGAAGAGAUCGGCAUGGAAGACAUGGGACCACAGGGCAACGGCAGCGCGAGUCAAAGAGGCGGGCCAGGUGUCGCAAUGCAGGGCAUCGACGUCGAGGCUGCCGUUGGAAGGAAAGCCGACAACAACAAAGAAGACACCCCAGAAGAGCCAGCCGCCUCAGAACCGGAAGCAGAAACCCCCACCACGCCCAAACGCGAAGCAGGCGAGGAUUUAGGCGCCGACGAGAAGCGCAUCAAAACCGCCUCUGAAGAAGAAGAAGCAGCAGCAGCAGAAGACACACCCAUCACCGACGCCCCCUCGCCCCCACCACCAUCCACCUCCUCCAACCCGCCCAACGACCCUUCAGCCCCCAUCUAA